AAAGAAAAGCUGGUGUCUACUGACAGUUACAGAUUAACUGUAGAAUCUGUAUUGAAAUAGGUUGCAUAGUGUAUGAUGCAUUAAAUUGUAGAUUUAUCAAUGAGUUAAGCUGUAGAGUGAUAGGUACAUUAACCUUUCGAACCGAUUUUUAAAGACAAGCUUUGUAUCUCUAAUUAAAAUAUGUUAUUAAACAAAUUAAAUACAUAACUGACAUGGCACACUUUCAUUAAUCAUCUGCGUCGGAUGGCGAGCCGAGAGCAGCAAAAGUCGCAUGUUCAACAUGUCGCACCAGUCACCGCCCUCUAAACAGCUGCAAUUUGCAUGACAUAGUUUAAUUUCUACCUCCUUCCCUUUAUCCUCCUAAUGUUCCCCCUCGCCAGACCCUCGUGAAAGCGGACACCUGACGCAGUAACAGUAGUUGCAUCGGAGGGUCUCCUCACGCCCCGUGUUAGUUCGAGUCACAGCGUCUUGGGCACAGCCGGACCGAGCUCCCUCCUUUGCCGCCCACCGUUCUGGAACGUCCACGCCCUGACGAACGCCCCACCAAGCGUGAACACCAGUCACAAACGGCUGCCAGCUGACACACACACAUGUGACCCCAGGGACCCACCUACGACUCCUUACCGUUCAUCUGACUGCACUCGGUUUACAGGUAAGGCACUCUUUGACUUGCGGAUGCUGCCAUGAUGUCUAACGAAUCGUGCACCAUUAUUACCCAGCCCCACCCACACCCGCUUUCUCUUUAUUUAACAGUCUUCCUUCUUCCAUAUGGGAGAUGAGGGGAAAGGAACUGCGCUCCUCCUCCUCCCUCCGUGGAGGUUUUUCUCCACUCGUCUGAUGCUGUGAUGUUACCCAGGGUGACGUUCUUCCCCACCCUCAUCUAUUGUCUGCGUGAAUUGCUCCAGUGUUCUAGCUACCGGUGUAUUGUUACUUCCCUUCCACGUACCCCUACCACCCCUCUGUAUCCCUCCCCAGGGUAAGCGUUGUUGACCGUGUGAUGAAGCCACGUGUAAACAUGAAAAGAGAGUCGAGAGAGAGAGAGUUGGGGGGAGGGGACGGUGAGGGUAAUGCUUGGCUUAUGGAUAUUUUCUCAUUGUUACCCCGGGUGCCAAGCAGUUUGUCAACAGAUUACACGAACCUACAACCACACCUUGACUUCUCAAAAAGAACAAUAGCGCGGUCUCUAUCGCUUCUCUUUGCGCAAGGUAGGCGCGUGCGCGCGAUCUCUCGUGCUGGCGGUGGUGAUAGGGCACUCAGCUUCAAACCCAAACAGACGCAAAAAAGGGUUGACGACCGUCCCCAAUGACCAUCAAGAGAAAUUAACACGAACCCCUCUCCCCAGCUCCUAACCGCCUUUAAUCUGAUUGCCUCUCGAUCUGUUUUCACUUGCUGCCAAAAAAAAAAAAAAAAAACUCUUCAAGCUUCUACCCGCAGCGACCCUCCUACAACCACCUCCCCUACCUCCGCGUGCUGCUCUCUAUCCCCUAGUUAAUCUACACCCACUCUACCCCAUCCCCGUGUCUGUGUAUCGAUCGGUUAGUUAGGGCGGGGAAAGCUCGGUCCUUGGCUUGCUGACUCUCGCCCAAUCGCUGCCUGCUAAUCACCGCCGUCGCGUGCAAGGGGCGUGGAGAUUGACGUCGCGUUCCGCCGGUCCCCGCCAAUCAGAGGCUGGGCGCUGCCAGAUUUCUCGCCUCGGCACGUGCGCCCGAGCUGUGUGCGCAUGCCGAAGGAGGGCGUUGAGAGCGGGGCGCGCGUGGCGAACAGGUGGACAGAGGCUAGCGCGAGAUUAGGACGCCAGCCAUGCGACGCGGACAUCGCCAGCACCGAUAAAGACCGGAGCGAGGGGAAAUCAUAACAACGAAAACCUACUCGCUGCUCCGUCGCCAAGUGAACGCCGAUGCUUAGCAACAGAUCUCUCGCCCUCGUCACCAGUCUCCAGUUUUGACAGUGUGGGCAAGAAUAUCUCGAGGGUGCAGAGAUUCGAUGAGAUUAAAACAUCUGAAAACGAGAUAGCAACUCGAACUUUUUCUAGGACAGAUUGGAGUCUGCAUCACUCACUUUAUCAUCAGGUUUUUUUUAAAAGUUUUUUUGGAUGUAAACUUUUUAAAGUGUUGGAAGUCUUAACUCUGCAAACAAUCCGCAGUGCCUACUUCCAGAUAGCUAGGUCAUGCCGAAUACAAUCCGAGAAUAAAAUUGUUUGUGUGGCUAAUACUCAGAUUUCAUAAAUUUCGAGGUAAACUAACUGACAAAUUAAAAAAAAAACUUUGAAAAGGUGAGGAAAACUAGAAGUAACAUGUUCAGUGUUGUCGCCGUCUGAAGAAUUUUUGAAGUGACGAAGUAAAGUGCUGGGAAAAUAAACUCUUCCUUCUGGAGAACCGUUAUCAUGCCACGAUCCUUCCUGAUCAAAGGACAAAAGACCGGAGGAGGCGGACAGGUGUGUGGGACACACCUGAGUGCAUUCCGCGUGGUGACGCCGAGAAAUCAAGGAGGAGAGUUAAUGUCACCUAUCGGUAACCCCCUCUCUCUCACGUGUCCUGACGUGGAACUCACCGCCAUGUCGAGCGUUGGGCAGCACCCACGGUGCGAGUACCUGGCAGAGGAGAAGCAGAUGUCUCCUGGAGGAUCGGAAGGAAGCCGGCGGACCCCAGACAGCAAGAAUGGGGUCGACAGUCCACCUAGCUCUGGAAGUCCGCCCAGUUCCUUCAGCAUCUUCCGGCCUUGGUUGUCGGGUAGCUCUCCACCCGGAACAACUUCGCCUCCAAGUUACCGGCACAAGGCAGCACCUAUUGUGAUGUCACCUGCUGAGGUCACCAUGCUGUCCACACCGGACUUGUACCGCUACCACAGCUUGAUGUCCAGCCUGUGUCGCCCUCAAGUGGAACUGUUCCCAUUAGCAGGUCCCAUGUGGAGUGGCGCUGCAGCUCGCGUCCUCACCAGGGGCAGCAACAAGAAAAGCUGGGGGGAAACCUUCCCGAACACGCCUCUCCUUCACAGCCACCACCAACACCACCCCCACCACCAUCAUCACCACCACCAUUUACUCAACAACCUCAGCCAGCAUUCCCAGGUCCUCGGCGGAGUAGUAGCAGGAGGCGGCGGAGGCAGAAGAGGGGAGGAUCUGCACCUGCCGAGGCCUGGCGAGUCGCGGGGUUCCUUCGAGUGCGUGACGUGCCGCAAGCACUUCUCCACCCCGCACGGCCUGGAGGUGCACGUGCGGCGGUCGCACUCGGGACGACGACCCUUCGCCUGCGACGUGUGCAGCAAGACGUUCGGCCAUUCCGUCAGCCUGGCGCAGCACCGCGCCGUGCACACGCAGGAGAAGUCCUUCCGCUGCCCACAGUGCGGAAAGAGCUUCAAGCGCUCCUCCACGCUCUCCACCCACCUGCUGAUCCACUCCGACACCCGACCGUACCCCUGUCCAUACUGCGGCAAGCGCUUCCACCAGAAGUCUGACAUGAAGAAGCACACCUACAUUCACACGGGUGAGAAACCCUACAAAUGUACUCACUGCAACAAGGCUUUCACCCAAUCGUCCAACCUCAUCACUCACUGUCGCAAGCACACGGGGUUCAAACCCUUCUCAUGCCCGCGAUGUGGGAGAGCCUUCCAGCGCAAAGUGGACCUGCGACGUCACACGGAGACGCAGCACUCGGAGGCGACCUCCAGACUGCUGCACAGCGCUGCUGACGGCGUUUCUGCAGACGCCAUCGUGGAAGUGGACUCGAGUCCUCCAGGACAGGGUGGCAAUGAUGGCGCUGGUAGUGGCGGUGGAGGUGGUCUUGAUGGGAGUACAUGCGAGGUGGUGGAUGUUGUCAGCGUGGAAGCUAACGCUACAGCGGAAGUGGAGUGCGACGUUGUCAUGGAGGACACGGACGAUGAAACAGUCCGCUCAGCCCUGGGAUGGGAGAGGAACCCCAGCCUCUGAACCUUCACGUGGCAUUGACCGCGACAUCAUCAAUGUAACGAUGAGUCGUUACCUUACAACUGCGUACCUAUCAGCGGUACAGCUGUGAUAACACGAGUUCUUGUUCCUUCCUCAUACCUGAAGCACCCCUUUCUCACCAAUCACAUCUACUUCACAUCCUUUCUUAAUUUUUGUAAAAUAUUGAUAUAUUAAAUAUAGUGAAAGAAAUAGAAUAACAAGCAAAUGUGAUGACUGAGUGGCAUGUAUAACGAUUUGAUUGGACUCAGUCGAACCUUCUAACUCUGGAUUUAGGUAAACUUCAAGCCCCAUAAACACUUCCCCACCACCACAACCAUCAC